GUAGAACAGGGAUGUUUAUGUGCAGUGACGGUGCUCUUUAUCCUGAUUGCAUGCCUGUAAAGAUUCAAUGAAGUCAGCAGGAAUUGAGGAGUGAGAUGACGGCAGCAACGCCAGCCUACAUGAGUUCAAAACUGAAACUGUUGCUGCACUUGAACCUUAUUUCUGCCAGAGAAUGGACACGGAACAGCAGGACUGGUUGAUCACAUGACUAACUUGGAGAACAGAUAUGGCUUCUGUCCCAGAGCUACUCUUGAGCACUUUGGAGGAGCUGGUUGAUAAAGAACUGAGGACUUUCCAGUGGUUCCUUUACAGUAAUGUUCUUGAAGGAUUCUCACAUAUUCCCAAGUCUCGGGUCGAAGGGGUGGAUAGGCCAGGCACUGUGAACCUUUUGGUUCAAACAUAUGGCUAUGACGGUGCUGUUACAGCCACUGUGGAUAUACUGAUGAGGAUGAAACUCAAACUGUGGGCUGAAACACUAAAGAAGAAGUACGAUGAAGUUCCAAGCAAUCAAGUAAGCAAAGAAAUUGACCACCAUCCAAUCCAAGAAAAACUGAAAUCCACCCUGAAGGAAAAGUACCAAAACAUUUACGAGGGGAAUGCAGAUGAAGGAGAUACCGUCUACCUGAACAAAAUCUACACCAAGCUACACGUUAUUGAAGGAGCCUGGGGAGGCUUCAGCAAGGAGCAUGAGGUCAGACAGCAGAGGUCCAAUCAUGUUAUGACAGAAGAAACCUCCAUUAAUGUUAGCAACAUUUUCAAACCCAAGCCCAACCAAGAGAAGCGGAUCCGAACUGUGCUUACCCAGGGUAUACCUGGAGCAGGUAAAACUGUCUGUGCACAGAAAUUUACCCUGAGCUGGGCAGAAGGAGAAGAAAACCAGGACAUUACCUUUGUCUUCCCACUUCCUUUCCGUGAACUGAAUCCCAACAUAGGUGAGAAGGACUGCAGUCUGAUGCAGCUGCUCCAUCAGUUCUUCCCUGAGAUGAAACCACUUGAGACGCUGGGAACAGGAUGCAAAGUCCUUUUCAUCUUUGAUGGCCUGGAUGAGACUCUCCUCCCCUUGAACUUCAAGCACAAAAAGGUCUUGAGAGAUGAGACAGAGCCAGCCUCGCUCGAUGUACUGAUCACAAACCUCAUCACGGGAGAUCUGCUCGGAAACGGACUCAUCUGGAUCACGUCCAGACCUGCGGCAGCUAGCCGGAUCCCUCGAAAGCACAUCCACCAGUGGACGGAGGUGAGGGGUUUCGCUAAUGAACAGAAGGAGGAAUACUUUAAGAGGCAUUUGUGUGAUGAUAACCUCGCCAUCAGGGUCAUUAACCAUGUGAAGUCAUCAAGAAGCCUCUACAUCAUGUGUCAGAUUCCAGUUUUCUGCUGGAUCACAGUCACUGUAAUGAAAAAAAUGUUACGCGAAAAUAUGAUAGGAGGCAUGCCCUCCACCCUGACAGAGAUGUACGCAUAUCUCCUUCUUUGUCAGACAGACCGGAUGCUAGAAGGGCACUAUCCAAUGAAAAGCGAUAAUGUUGUUUUGAAGCUGGCAGAGCUGGCAUUCCGUCAAUUGGAGAAAGGAAAACUGAUCUUCUAUGAGGCUGACUUGAAAGAGUGCGGCAUGGAUGUCAAAGAGGCAACCAUCUACUCAGGAGUUUGCACAGAGGUCUUCGUGGUGGAGGGCAGAAGGAAGAGAGAAGUUUUUAGCUUUGUACAUUUAACUAUCCAGGAGUUUCUGGCAGCUGUGUACGCUCAUCACUGCUACAUGCAAAGAAAGGAGAAUGUUCUUCUUGGGUACUUAAAAAGGAUGUCUGCAAGAUGGCUCCCCAAGUCUGUAUUCAGUUUUCACAAGACUGCCAUUGAAAAGGCCUUGGAGAGUCCAGACGGCCGCUGGGACCUCUUCCUUCGCUUUCUCCUAGGACUAUCGCUGAAGUCAAACCAGGAGCUCCUGGGUAGAAUACUGCAUUUGGAAGCAGAAGAAGAGGAAGAUGUGAUGAGAACCAUCCAGUUUAUCAAGGAAAAGAUAAAAGAGGAACCAGAGGCCAAACUCAACCUCUUUCACUGCCUGAGUGAGCUCAAAGAGGAGUCUUUGGUGGAGGAGGUCCAGAGCUUUGUGAGUUCUGGGAAGCUUGCAGCCAAAAAGCUGUCUCCAGUCCAGUGGUCCGCUCUCACUUUCGAACUGAUGACAUCAGAGGCAACAGAGGAGGAGUUUGACUUGAAGAAGUACAUAAGAUCAGAAGAAGGGGUAGUGAAGCUGCUGACCGUCAUUACUUCCUCCACACGUGCUCUGCUAAAUCACUGCAACCUUACGGAGAACUGUUGUAAAGAUUUGGCCUCCGCAUUGAGCUCGACCUCGUCACACCUGACAGAGCUGGACCUGAGUGACAACCAACUAAGGGAUUCAGGAGUGAAGCUACUUUCUGUUGGAUUUGGAAGUCCACAUUGUAAACUGAAAAGUUUAAGACUACAUAAGUGUAAACUGGAAGGAGAUUGCUGUGAAGUACUGGCUCUUGCUCUUAGCACAGAGUCUACCGACCUCAAAGAACUGGACCUGAGUGCUAAUGAUCUCCGGGAAGCAGGAGUGAAGGCUCUGUGUGUGGGACUGCAGAGCCAACACUGCAAACUAGAAACAUUGAGGUUGAAUCAGUGCAAGCUGAAAGAGAAUUCCUGUGCAGAUUUGGCUACAGUUUUGAGUUCAGGCACAUCUCACCUGAAAACUCUUGACCUGAGCAACAACAGCCUGACAGAUUCUGGUGUAUCCCUGCUUACUGCUGGGCUGAGGAGUCCAGACUGUAGACUGGAAACGCUAUGGCUCAGCUGGUGCGGCCUUACAGAGAAAUGCUGCCAUCACAUUGGCUCAGCUCUCAGCUCCGACACUGCCCACCUCAGAGAGCUGGACCUGAGUGGAAACAACCUGCAGGGUCCAGACAUACAGCUGCUGUGUGCUGGAUUGAGAAGUCCACACUGUAAACUGGAGACAUUAAGGUUAAACGAGUGCAAUCUCCAGAAAUGCUGUGCUGAUUUGGCCUCAGUCCUGAGCUCCGACACAUCUCACCUGAAGGACCUUGAUCUGAGUGGGAACGACCUGCAGGACGCAGAAGUGAAACUUCUCUCUGCUGGACUGGCAAGUACGGACUGUAAACUGGAGAUUUUAAGGAUGUCGUUCUGUGGAGUCACAGAGAAAAGCUGCACCUAUUUGGCUUCAGCACUGAGCUCCAACCCUUCUCACCUGAGGCAGCUGGACCUAAGCUACAACUACCUGCAGAACACUGGGGUGAAGCUGAUCUCCGUUCAUUGGAAUGACCCGCUCUGCAAACUGGAAAAAAUAAGUGUGGACCAUAAUGCAAAGUGCUACUUGAAAUCCAAACUGAAAAACUAUGCAUGUGCACUGACGUUGGACUCAAAGACAGCUGCCAGGUCUCUCUUUCUGUACGACAGUGGAAAGCAGGUGACGUGGGUCAGGGAGCGACAGCAGUACCCAGAUCACCCCGACAGGUUUGAGAGUGUCUCCCAGGUGCUGUGUCACCAAGACCUUACCCAGCGCCACUACUGGGAGGUGGAGUGGCGAGGACGCUGGGUGGACGUUGCUGUGGCUGUGAGGGGGAUCCGUCGGAGGGCGAGCUCUCACCUCUGUGGGUUUGGGUACACAGAGCAGUCCUGGAGUCUGUACUGCUCUGAGGAUCACUACAGCGCUCAGCACGACCACCAGUCUGUGGAAAUACCAGCACCUCCGUCUCGCUCCCACAGGGUCGGAGUGUUCCUAGACUGGCCUGGUGGCACCCUGUCCUUCUACAGUGUCUCCUCUGGGGCCCUCAGCCAUCUUCACACAUUCUAUAGCACCUUCACUGAGGCCCUCUACCCAGGGUUUGGGAUGGAGGAGGAUGACUGCUCUGUAACUAUUUGUACAGUGGAGGGUUUGCCCGAACUCAUUCCUCGGUCAGCUAGUGCAGAACGAAUUGAGGAAUUCUAAGUGCAGGUCGGUUAAAGAUAUUUAAUUUAGUGUUUUUUGGCUCUCAGAGGCAGUGCUGGGGAAUGAUAUGUGAUGAAUAGCAAAAAAGACAAAAAUAAGACAGAAUAUAUAUAUAUAGUAUAUAAAAAUAUAAAUAAUUUAAUACUAUCUUUCAUUAAUAAUGUUUCUGUUAAACACCCAGCUAUAAAUGCUCCAUUAGAAGACAGUGACACAUACUUUUCAAACUGAAUGCUGCCAAUGAGUACGGUCUACAGCCAUGCUAGCAGCUCUGUGAGGCUGUACUUGUGUACAACUGCAUUAAUCUCAAUGCUAAAGUCAGCAUGCUAACAUGCUCACAGUGACAAUGCUGACAGGUUGAUGUUUAACUGGUGUAAAGUUCCCCAUGUUCACCAUUGUAGUUUAGCGUGUCAGGCUGUUAACAUUUGCUAAUUUGUACUAUAUAUUUAUAGACAUAUAAAUGUAUAUACUAGAUAGGAAAAAUCUGAUAUUCACUGAAGCUGUCUAACUUAUAGAUUUUAAACUUAUGUUGUAAUCAGACCUGAAAGACAAUAAAAUAAGACAUGGACAUUGCACAAUAAUGUGCCCUUUGAAAA